AUGGCGGGUCGACGUGCUACGGCGGGGCUUAGUAGCAGCCUGUACACCGAUUUCCUGGCCGAGAACACACGACUGAAUGAGCCCUUAGAUCCCACUACCCACUCGCUCCAUUCGCUGGAGAUUAACACUCUCACGCCAAGCGGCACAGCCAUCGGACUGCAGACGUGUGUGCUGGCCUCGUUCUUUAAAGCUGCAGUCAAGCGCAGUGUCGAGUCGGCGCUGGUGUGUGAGAGUCAGCUCAACUCUAUCAUCACCUCCAGUCUGCGUGUGAGCUCGUCGCGUCAUUUGGCUCUUCAGGCGCAUCUCCAGGCCAGUAACAAUCUGCGCUUCACUCUGGAAGCUCAGGAGUCCGCAACAGACAAGGCACCAGCGUCUUUCGCGCACAUCGGGGCUGAUUAUAAGACACAGAGCUUCUUUGCAGGAGCUAAGAUCGACGCAGUUAAUGGACCGACACUUCAAGCCACACUAGGAGGGAAAGCUGGCGAUGUUGCCAUGGGGAUUAUCGGAGCUUACGACGUCGGACUGGACCAUAGCGACAGACUGGGCAGAUUCACAACACUCAACAUGGCCACGAGCUAUACUCACGAAGACCUGCUAGCUCUCCUACAAGUCAAUGAUGGAGGUCGCAAGGUGCAGUUGGACUUGACCCAAACAGUGUUGCCGGAGCUUCUGGUGAGCUCACGCUUUGUAUUCGACCGAAGAAAAGACAAGCGAUCGUUGAGACUCAUGGGCAGGUACGCGUUGAAGGAGACAGAGACGGUGUCGAGCUCUAUCGGCUCGGACGGCAUUUUCAUCGGAGCAUUCGAGUGGCGCACAUCCAAACAUCUUAAGACGCGCGUAUCAGCGCAGAUGGACUUGCGACACUACGAUAGCGACUCACACCACCUCGGCGUGUCCAUAGAGAUCAGCUAA